UCUGAAAGUCGCUGCCUGCCAAACGCCUCACCUGCUUAAGGUGGAACCGGCUGCCCUGCUCUGCCUUAAGGCCUGCCUUCCUGCUGAUGUCAGUUGCUAGGGAGAGGGGUGUAACCACGUAGGUGUGUUACCAGUAAGGGGGGAGGACUGGGCGAGAAGAGUCCCAGGAAACCAAAAUAAGGCUUGGGGGAGGACGGGGAUGGCGUGGGACUGAGAAGGUUGUAUGAGUUUCUCUGUGUGCGCGCCCGCCCUGAGUGGAACCACUUCUUAAUCUGAGUGAGGUAGAAAGGAGGGCCUGCCGGACCCACCUGUGGACAAGUUCGCGCCUUUUCGGAGUGUGGAAGCGUCGCUCGGGCUCAGAAGAGGAGCCGAAGGGUUGUCAGACCCCCACCCCCGAGGAAUUUCUCGCUAGGUCAAACAAGGCCUCAGCGCCUGGAGGGCCCACCACCAGAGAACGAAUCGGACUGUUUUAAUGUACCCCUUGCCCAGCUGCUGCCACCAUGCAGGAAAAUAAUUUCUUCUUGUCGGCUCUGCAGCCGGAGAACGGCGUGUGCUCCUUGGCGCUGCCCUCAGACCAGCAGCUGGACUGGAAGCGCAAGGAGGCGCAGGACGCCGACCUGCUCAAGAACGCCCGGGUGCAGGAGCAAGUCCGUAUGAGGAUGCUGCAGAAGAGCCACUCGGCCCCCAGGACCAAUGGAGCUCUGCCGGACUACGCGGAGUUGAAAGGUAGAAUCUCUGCCGAUGGUCAGUUCAGAACUCUGCAGCAACAGUUUAGCUCCAGAUCCCAAACCAAUGGCACAGAUCACAAAGGUCUGCUGCACCAGCCAGUUGGCAGCAAAGGUUACAAUUCUGUGAAGACUACCAACUGGUCCUCCCGCUCAGCAGUGGAUCUUAGACCCAAUACUAGAAUAGCCGCCAUCAGCAAUGGCACUGGUCCGAAGAGUCCAACUUAUGGCACAAAUUACAGUUCCGCUACCCGGCCCAGGUCUUUCAUUGACAAGAACUACCGCCAGAACUAUGACACCAUGUCCUUGCACUCCCUGCGUCUGCAAGAUGGGCUGUGCAGCCCUGGGGGUGUGGAUGACCACUACAGCUUAACGUCUGAGAUGGAUCCACUGACCCAAGCAGCUCUCUAUAAAAACAGGGGUGGUGGUGGCGGCGGCGGCUUCAACAGAUCCUACACCUUUGAGAGGCAGAUGAGUGCUGGCUCUAAUGCUUGCACAAAGCGGCCUAUUGACUGGAUGGAUGGCAUGGUGGUCCCGCAGAACAGGACUGUCAUCCGUGCACCAGCCAUGCGCACUUUGCAACGUUUCCAGAGCAACAAUCGCUCCCGAUUUAGUGCAAGCUCCUUCAGUGGCACUCAGACCUCUCAAGGAGGGAUUGGGAAUACAUAUGCUGCAGUGGAACGCAGUUCCCGUGCCCCUUCUGUGCACAGCUUGGCAGAAUCCAACCACCGUUUGCAAGACCUGCGUGCCAUUGACAUGUUUGAUGGUCAAAAUACACUGAUGUCUCAGCAGUCCUUCUCUGGCGGGUUUGAUGACAUUGAUCUUCCCUCUGCGGUAAAAUAUCUGAUGGCCAGUGACCCCAACCUCCAGGUGCUUGGGGCUGCUUACAUCCAGCACAAGUGCUACAGUGACAGUGAUGCCAAGAAACAGGCUCGAAGUCUCCAAGCGAUACCCAAGCUGGUGAAGCUCUUCAAUAGUUCCAACCAAGAGGUGCAGCGCCAUGCAACUGGUGCCAUGCGCAAUCUUAUUUAUGACAAUGCUGAGAACAAGCUGGGGCUGGUGGAAGAAAAUGGGAUCUAUGAGCUAAUGCGCACUUUGCAUGAGCAGGAUGAUGAAUUAUGCAAGAAUGUUACUGGCAUUUUCUGGAAUCUUUCUUCAAGUGAUAACCUCAAGGACCGUCUUGCCCGGGACACUUUGGAGCAGCUCACAAACCUGAUCUUGACCCCUCUCUCUGGCUCAAGCAAUGCUGCAACUAUCCAGCAAAAUGCCUCUGAGGCAGAAAUCUUUUACAAUGCCACUGGCUUCCUCAGGAAUCUUAGUUCUGCCAGCCAGCAGACUCGGCAAAAAAUGCGUGAAUGCCAUGGGUUGAUAGAUUCCAUGGUCAACUACGUAAAUAGUUCACUAGAAGUGGGAAAAUCAGAGGACAAGAGUGUUGAGAAUGCAGUCUGUGUCCUGCGCAAUCUCUCCUACCGACUUUAUGAUGAAAUCCCUCCUUCCUCGCUCCAGCGGUUAGAAGGACAAAAGAGGAGCGAUGGAGCUAACAUGACCAGUGAACUGGUAGGCUGCUUCAGCCCCCAAAGCAGGAGGGCCCGAGAGCUCCACAUGAACUCUGAUAUUGUGACUUUCACAGAAGUUUCUAGAGACCCCAAAGGGAUGGAGUGGCUCUGGAACCCUCAGAUUAUCGGGGUGUACAAUAGGUUGCUACAGCGAUGUGAGCUAAAUAAGCACACCACAGAGGCAGCCUCUGGCGCUCUUCAGAACAUCACAGCAGGAGACCGGAGGUGGGCUGGUGUCCUCAGUAGAGUGGCUUUGGAGCAAGAGAGGAUCCUGAACCCCGUACUGGACAGAGUCCGCACAGCUGACCAUCACCAGCUUCGCUCACUGACGGGAUUGAUUCGCAACCUGUCCCGGAAUGCACGCAACAAGGAUGAAAUGUCAACCAAAGUGGUGAGCCAUUUGAUUGAGAAACUUCCUGGAAGCUCCGGGGAUAAGUGGCCCCCAACAGAUGUGGUAGUCAACAUCAUUGCAGUGCUGAACAACUUGGUUGUGGAGAGUCCCAUUGCUGCACGUGACAUUGUCUACUUUGAUGGCCUGCGCAAACUCUUCUACAUCAAGAAGAAAAGGGACAGCUCGGAUAGCGAGAAGGCCUCCCGAGCCGCUUCAAGCCUCCUGAUUAACAUGUGGCAGUACAGCAAGCUUCAUCGGGACUAUAAAACGAAGGGCUUUCGGAAAGAAGAUUUCAUUGGCCUGUGAAGAAAAGGACCUGCAGAAAAUGGACUCUCCAGCCCUAAUGGUUCUCAGUGAAGCCUGUUAAUAAAGCACCACCAAGGACUGUGACCCUACUUCACAGACCCCUUUUGCAGUUCCCUUCUUUUUAGAGAGCUGGUGUCAGUCUGGCUAACGUGUUUUAUUUUUGCAUUCAUUCCAUUUCUUUUAAAAGUCUAAGUAAAGCUCAUGUUUCUCUCUCUUGGCCAUCUUAACACCAGGAAAGUAUACCAGGGCUGUAAAAAUGCAAAUCAGCAUCCAUGCAAAUUCUGAAGCCGCCUGUCGGCAUUGCCAAACCCAUGUACUUGCUGCCCGUAGAGCUAGGAUUCUUUUUAGGAUGUAUGGAUGUUGAUGUCGCAGCAAGACUUCCAGACUGCCAAGGAUAGUGAAGAAGUGCUCACAGGGGUCACAGUACCAUUUCUGGGUGCUUCCAUCUGCUUUCGUGUUUAUUGCUUUCUCUUAUUCCCUCCCUCCCUCUCUGGAACUCCCCUAAAACUCCCGCUGCCUUUUCCUUAUGUUUUUCUACCUCUACAUAUCCUGGAAAUGAUUUGCUUGCAUUUAAUUUUAAAAGAACUGGGUUAUAUGAGUUUGAGAUAUAGAUUUUGAUGGAAUGUAUAAACCUAUGGGUAAGAUUCUAGGAAAGUCUAACUUUGAGGGGUAACUGGGGGUUUUUAAAGCUGUAUUAACCAAUGCACAGGAGGACAGAGUGCUUUGGAAUAUAAAUUUAUGGUGGAGUUUGGUGAUGGACACUCUCAUUUUUGUUUGUAAGCUAUAAUGAGUCUGAAGAUAUAAUUUUCUGGAAAGUAUAGCAUAAUUUACUUCGUGUCUGGUGGGUUACGAAGACUAUAAAUGGGGAAGGAAAUUAGGGAACGGGAGUGCUUGCUAUAAGGAGAUACUCCAGCUGGAUUGCCAGUCUCCCUUUGAUUUGUACAGAAUUUUAUCUCUGUUCGUACAGGAUUGUCUUGGUGAAAUUAAAGUGCCUGAGACUGACCCACUGAACUGUUUUGCCAGCAAUAAAUUCAUAAACUUCAAAUCAA